AUGGGAGAUCAAGUGUUUCCUCCUAUCAAGUUUAGCUAUGACAACCUCACCUCUCCCAUCGCUAGAAAAUGUUUUCUAUAUUGUUCUAUAUUCCCAGAGAACUGCACGAUAAGCGUCGAUGAGCUUAUCGACCUUUGGAUAGGAGAGGGUCUUCUAGAUGGAACAAGUCCACGCGAGCAAGGAGAAUUCAUUAUUAGCACUUUAAAGCUUUCAUGUUUGUUAGAAGCUGAUGAAUCUAUGGAAUUUGUUUGGAUACAUGAUAUGAUCCGAGACAUGGCACUGUGGCUAGCCCGUGACAAAGAGAAAAAUAAGAACAAGGUUUUGGUAGCAAGAAGUGGGAGGCUUACCGAUCAAGAAUUCAACAAAUGGAUAGACUCAAGUUGGGUCUCCUUGUGGGGUUGUAGUGACAGAGAGAUCAUCCAUUACCCACCAACUUGCCCUAAUCUCUCGACUUUGCUCAUAAGAGAUACACUGCUCAACGCAUUUCCUGCUAGCUUCUUCGAGUUCAUGACUGGUUUGACAGCUUUAGAUUUAUCGGGUAAUCAAGGAUUGGUUGAGUUGCCUCCGGAGAUUGGAAGAUUGAGAAUCUUGCAGUACCUAAAUUUGUCAUUAACAAGUAUAACCACGCUACCUACGGGCCUUUCGAAUUUGAGAAACCUGAGGUGUUUGUUACUGAAUUAUACUAUGCAUCUUAAAGAGAUCCCACCGAAGGAGGUGAUGUCAUGUCUUUCAUUGUUGCAGGUGUAUAGUAAAAUGAAUGGGGUGAUGGAAUACUUUGAUGAAGUGAAAGUUUCAGUUGAUGAUGAACUUGCUUUCUUGGAGGUGUUGGAGGGAUUUAGUUACAUGAAUAAGAUUUGUAUCACUAUAUUUUGUCACCCCUCUGUUGAAAAGAUAUUCAGCUCAUACACCAAACAAGCAUGUAUUAGAAAAUUAAAACUUAUCGAUUGCACGGGAUUGACUUCACUAUGUGCUAUCCAUGCAUUACCAAAUUUAGGGAAACUUGAGAUAUUUCGUUGUUGUUCACUUGAAGAAAUCAGAUUGUCAGGUUGGUUUAAGUUUCACAACCUUCGUCAGGUUCACGUAGGUGUUUGCCCACUGUUGCGAAACCUGAAUUACCUUGCUUAUGCUAGAAAUGUUGAGAUCCUCACAGUUCUAGACUGUCAGUCUAUGAAACAAGUUAUAAGUGAGGAGAUAGAAUGGGACGAAGUCUUCCCAAAGCUAAAGACGCUUUCUUUGACUUGUUUGCCAAGUCUGCGAACCAUCUGCCGCUUGCGCAAAUGUUUUUCUUCUCCGAUAGAGAUCGAAGUAUCUCGGUGCCCACGUUUGAGGAAACUUCCAUUUGACGAUGAAAACGUAAGUUUUCUGAAGAAAAUCAGAGGAGAAGUUGAGUGGUGGGCAGCUUUGGAUUGGUACAGUUACUCUGUUAAGGAGGCCUGUAGCUUCAAAUUUAAACCCACCUCUGCACCCUCAGGAAAGGCCAAAGAAAUGACCGCUUCCACUAGCAAGAAAAAAACAGCCAAGGCUUCUAAAUCAUGA